GUGAGUCGUGCAGAGUUUCGAAAUUAAAAGUGAGAAAGAAAGAGAAUGGACGGGAAGGUCGUGUGUGUAACUGGUGCUUCAGGCUACAUUGCUUCAUGGCUCGUCAAGUUCCUUUUACAGAGAGGUUACACCGUUCGAGCCACUGUUCGCGAUAUCAAUGAUUCAAAGAAGACCAAACACUUACUUGAACUCGAAGGUGCCAAUGAAAACCUUAAAUUGUACAAAGCUGACAACCUGGAAGAUGGAUCCUUUGAUGCAGCAGUGGAUGGAUGUGAUGGUGUUUUCCAUACAGCGUCUCCCUUUUAUUCAUCAAUCAAGGACCCUCAGACUGAAAUGAUUGAUCCAGCUGUGAAGGGAACUCUUAAUGUUCUUGGGUCCUGUUCCAAAACAUUAUCUGUUAAAAGGGUGAUUGUGACGUCCUCCAUGGCAGCUGUAUUGGUUAAUAGAAAUCCCCAAAAUCCUGAUGUUGUUGUUGAUGAGACCUGGUUUUCAGAUCCAACAGUUUGCAAAGACAUAAAGAGCUGGUAUGUCCUAUCAAAAACCUUGGCUGAGAAAGCUGCAUGGGAUUUUGCAAAGGAGAAGGGGAUUGACUUAGUGACAAUAAAUCCGGCAAUGGUGAUCGGUCCCCUUCUACAACCAACUUUGAACACAAGUUGUGCUGCUAUUCUAAAUCUUGUAAACGGGAGUCCUACAUACGUGAGUGCAAAUUUUGGAUGGGUAAAUGUCAAAGACGUUGCAGAGGCCCAUAUUCUUGCAUAUGAGGUUCCAUCAGCAAGUGGGAGAUAUUGCAUGACUGAAAGAGUGGUGCAUUCUUCAGAAAUUGUGAAGUUGUUGCAUGAGCUGUACCCGGAAUAUCCAGUCCCUCAAAAGUGUGCAGAUGAAAAUCGUCCAACAUUUAAGGUGUCAAAGGAGAAAGCACAGAAGUUGGGAGUCAACUUUAUUCCUUUAGAGGUCAGCCUCAAGGAGACAGUGGAGAGCCUAAAGGAGAAGAAAUUUUUCUAAGCUGAAAAGUUGAAAGGCAUCAUAUAAGUGUUGAAUAAUGGUUCUUGUCAUUUUCCUGAGUUUUUCUCUUUUCCUUAUUCCUUGGUGUUUAAACCAAGGAGAUGGUUCUCAAAAUUGUAUGUCAAGAACAUCAUAUAUACAUUACAAUAAAUUGAUUCAGACAAAUAUAUGAUCUUUGGCUUGACCAAGAUGUUUGAAACUA